AUGGUGUCUGUUCAUUGUGGUAAUCGGUGGGGUUUUUCUGCAGCUACUGAUGAGCAAGGAGGAGAGAAAAUGUUGAAGUCGAUGCUUGGUUGCUGCAAGGUAUACAUUUCUGAAAGCAGAAACAGGGCUGCGCUGGAGGGCAUUGAGCGAGCUGCUAAGCUUUUCUCAGAAGCACCCAUUGUCAAUAAGUUUGAAGAUGAGACUUACAACAGAGUUGGUUACACUCUUGUCUCCAAGUUGGCUCCAAAGCCAUCUGAGGAUCCUUGUCCCUUGAGGAUGGCAGUGCUUGCCAUGGUUAAGGCUGCUUUCGAAACCAUCGACCUUGAGAUGCAUUGUGGAAGUCAUCCCCGGCUCGGAGUUGUGGAUCAUAUAUGCUUUCACCCCCUUCUUGGUGCUUCUUUGGACCAAGUGGCUGGGGUUGCAAACUCUUUGGGGGCAGAUGUUGGCUCUAAUCUCCAAGUUCCUACUUUUCUCUAUGGAGCUGCCCAUGAAGAGGGGAGGACACUUGAUUCAAUCAGAAGAGAGCUGGGUUAUUUCAAGCCAACUUCUAGUGGAGAACAGUGGGUUGGGGGGCCAAAAUCAGAAUACUUGGUGCUGAAGCCGGACAAGGGACCCCCUCAAGUGACUCAGGGAAAAGGUGUCAUUGUGAUUGGAGCAACCCGGUGGGUUGAUAACUAUAACGUCCCAGUUUUUUCUACUGAUAUUGCUGCUGUUCGUAGAAUUGCAAAACGAGUGAGUGGCAGAGGAGGUGGACUUCCUUCAGUCCAAGCCAUGGCACUUGCGCACGGUGAAUCUGUCAUUGAGGUAGCUUGCAAUUUGUUGGAACCGGAGAAAGUGGGAGGAGAUAGGGUUCAGCUUGAAGUUGAGAGGCUUUCAGCGGAAGAGGGUAAAAGAGUGGGGAAGGGCUACUUCACUGAUUUUUCUCAAGAAAAAUUAAUUGAAAGUUACUUGCAGUCAGGUUGCUGUAUGUAA